CACCUACAUCUCUUCCUUCUCUUUCUACUAUAUAGAUGACAGAUGACAGAUGAGUGGAGCUGCGUUCGGAAAUGACACUCUGGCACGUCGGAGUGUCAUUCUAUCUUUGUUCAACUUUCUGCAAGUAACAAAGAUAGAAUGACACUCCGCCGUGUCAGAUGUAAUUUCUGAACGCAGUCUGGGAGAGAAAGAAAGAGACACAACACGUGUAAAAAGAGAGGAGGUUGAAUAAAAAAAUGGUUAUGACGUGUUGUUUAUGUUCGAAAGAGUGCGUCCCCUUUAAUCCACAACGAUCAUUUCACAGGAUACCAACAGAUGAACGAAUGAGGUAUAAAUGGUAUAGCAUCAUUGGCCGUACCGUCUCUCACAAAUGGGCCAGAGUUUGCAGUGAUCAUUUCACGGAGCAUGAUUUUCAUGAAAUGAGCGCACAUUCAAAAGUCAGAAGAUUAAAGAAUACUGCUUUUCCUACUGUUUGCAUCAGACAAAACAAACAAGAUGAAAAGGGAGAAUCAUCUUUCCAAGAGGCUAAUAUAAAUGUUUCCGAAAUUGCAUCUCAAGAUGAUUCCGAAAUUGUAUCUCAAAAUGAUUCCGGAAUUGAACUUCAAAUUGCAAAGGAUGUAAUUUAUUGUGAAGCAGAAAGUUUUGAAGAAGAUAAUACAAACAGUGAUGUUGAAUGUAAAGAAAGCAAAAAUGUGGAAGAAUCAUCGCCCAUUUUUAAUGUAACUGAAAAUUUAGUUAAUGUAGCUCUAGAUUCAGAAAGAAAAAUAAAUACUAUAUUAAUUAAUAAUCAGAAAGGAGAGGAUGUUGGUGAUAACUUUAUGAACAAAAAUGGCAUAAGUAAAAAAAGGAAAUUGCUGUUACCUAAUUUAGAAAAUUCUAAACUUAGGAAGAUUUUUGUACGUAUGUCCAGAUAUAAUAUAGAAUGCUUUAGAAAAAUAGAUUUUUCUUCGGAUAAAAAAUGGUUAGCGUUUAGAAGAUAUGUUGCCUAUAACAGACAUCAAAUUAAAAAUUUAACACAACAUAACAGACGUUUGCAAAAAAAAUAUACGUGCUUCAGGAUAUGUUGGAGGAAUUAGUUAGAUAAAAUAAUUAGAUAAAAUUAAUUAUAUAAAAUAUAGGAAAA